AUGGCCAGCAAGUCGGCCUCCCUGCUGAUCCUCGCGGCGCUGGUGGCGGCCGCGGCGUGCGCGGGCUCGGCAACGGCGCGCGGCGUCCCGGUGGCCGCGAAGGAGGACGCGGUGAAGCGGCCGGAGACGUUCCAGGAGGGGACGGUGCUGAUCCCGGGGAUCGGGCGGUACGAGCUGGGCACCCACUACAGGCCGGACAUCGGCGGGCUGGACCACAGCAUCCCGGCCGCCGCCAGGGCGCAGUUCAUCCCCGGCGCCGACGACACCUGGGUGCCCAACCCCGGGUUCGAGGUGCCCAACCCCUUCCGCCCCGCAGCCACCACGGAGUCCCCCUGA